AACUCUUUUUUUUUAAAACCCAUUUCAAGAGCAUUGAGACUCAUUUUUUUUUAGAAGACAUUUUUUUAAUUGUGUUAGCGUGCUGUAAAAGUCACGGGUAUUAAAAAGUAUUCCAGUUUAAAUUUUAUUACUACAUAUUGGAAUGGCAUAUGUCAAUGAAAACCAAUUCAACUUAGCGGAUAUGUAUGCACAAGAAGUUCAUGAAAGGUUAAAACAAAAAAAUAUACCAAUGGAUGGUUCGCCACAAUAUCCUCAUUAUACACAUGAUCCUGUUGUCCUGGAAGAAGAUAAUUCAACACGUGGUGAAGCAUGGAGUGAUCUUUUAUCCUGUCUCACUUCCCCUUUAUUACGACUUGGUCUUCUUAUACAGCUUCUAGUUUUAAUUUUUGGAUUUGCUUUAUAUUAUGGUCAUGGUGGUACUGGAGUUUUUACAUUUGAUUUAUUUAAUACUCCUGAAAAAUUACGAACAAGUCAAGGUUAUUCUGCUAUACUUAUUGUAUUACAAUUUUUUUUUCUGCUUGGAUGUAUGUGUAUAUCUAGUUUUCAAAUCUAUGUUGCUGAUAAUAGCAAACUUACGCGUGGAUUUCGAGCCGGUUCUAAGAUGCUAUCCACUGCAACCCUUUUAGAUACAUUCGUUGUUGGUUUACGUUUAAUGCAAUCCAUUUAUGCCUAUCAAUUCUUGGGAAAACGAUGGUGGAUGAAAUACACUCAAAGCAAUGCAGAUUGGUGUUUAUUUUUUUCUGGAACGUUACUUCAUUCGGUUGCUUUAGCUUUGUAUGCUUUAGCCUUCUUUUAUAUGGAAGCAUAUCAUGAUGAGGGAACCUACGAAGAGUGGUCCUGGAUUUUACUAUCCUUGUUCUCCUUAGCAGCCUUUUUUGAAUUUCUACUGAUCUUUACGGGAUUUGGUAAUUUUUUUUCUCUUAUUCAUAUAGCAGCUCUUGCUACAGCGGUGUUUUGGGCCUUUAGUUUUGAGCCUUUACUGCAUUAUUAUUCUCCAGUGUUUCAUGAUCGUGAUAUUAAUGCUGAUAUUCCAACCGAAGAUAUUGAUGAUAAUCAGCUCUUGAAUAAGGAAAUGGAAUCUCAACCAAGGGAUUCUUAUGCUUAUACUACAGCUACCUAAGAAGAGGAUGAGUUUUUUUUUUUGUGUAAUAAAACUUUUUUUUGUUUAUUUGUCUAUGUACAUAGUUGACUAUAAUUUUGGCUUUACUAAUUUUAAAGAAAAAAAAAGGAAAACUCCUUUUUAAAAAUGAUUUAUUUGAAUUGUUUAAAAUAUUUUCUUAUUUACAUUA